AUGCCGCUCGUUUCAAUCCCACAUUUAUACUCUUUCUUUAAGAAGCCGAGUCAGACAUCAGUGACCGCGAGUGGUGGUCAUGCCACAAAAAGUUCGUACGAUCAGCAAAUGGCAUCACAGAGAGUCCGUGGAGCUGAUGCUGAAACUGGUCUUAUCCCAACAAAUUGGCAGAAAUUCUGCUUGGUAAUCACUGGGCUGUACAAAUCGAAAAGUGAUAUACCUCAAUACGUCUCGGGUGGGACGAUGAACCGUAUGCACGAUAGAAUGCGGGUCGUCUUCAUAGCUGUGGCUGUUGUUUGUUUCUUUGUCUUAUUCUAUAAUAUCGAAGCGAAAAAUGCCGAAAGAAUUGCUCGCGAUCGAGAUGCCGGAGUCAUCGUGAAACAAUUGUGA